AUGAAAAUAUCACCAGAGGAUAUACAAUGGGAAGGGGAGGACCAUGGGAUUCCUGAUAAAGGGGGUUAUGGUGGAUCAGCUCAUGGAAUAAGUAGACCUGUUGGGAGUGAUAAUGGUCCUGGUGGAGGUGGAGGUGGAGGGAGAGGUAGAGGGUUGCCCAAAAGUCAAGCAGCAACAACAAGAAAAGAUUUUCCACCAUCACAGAAUGUCAUUGGAAAGAAGGGUCUAGACAAUAUUCAGUCACUUCACACUGAUACUCUGAUAAAAGAGGUUGAGAGGGUAUUUGGGUCUAGUCAUCCAGAUCCUGUUGAAAUAGAGAAAGCUAAGAAAGUGCUCAAGGAACAUGAACAAGCACUGACUGAUGCCAUUGCAAGGCUUGCAGAUAUCUCAGAUGGUGAAAGUGGUACAAAAACUAAACUAGACUAUACUCUUCUUCCAACUCUACUAAAUGCUUACUUCUUGAGUCCCACUUAA